GUAGUAUAUAUAGGGCACUGUAAAAAAUCUGAGGUAUUGAAUCGAUUGAACUGAUUGCGGGCAGUAGAAUCUAAGUGAACAAAAAUGGCGUUCUACGGGAAAAACUACAAGAAAACCAAGUUUGAAAAUGUGGACGAACUCUUGGAAGCAUUCAAGGCUCCCGAGAAGGUUCGUCAAUUAAUGAAGAAUACGGACAGCGUUUCCCGUUUCGAGAAAAACGCCGAUGGUACCAUCUCAUACAUCGUCACCAAAGAUGGUCAGGAAAGUUUCAACCAGAAGAUGACUCCUGGCGUAGAAGUUGACUUCACUACUCCCGAUGGCAUCCAGACUAAAAUCAGCAGUGAGGUCAGCGAUGAUGCUGUGCGCACUGUCUUGACCUUCCCUGAUGGUGUUAAGAUUCAUAUGGACAGGGUGUUUGAAGGCAAUACCAUGAAGAAUAUAAUGUAUAAGGACGGUUCAGACCAGAAAGGCAUCAUUACCUACGAGCAAGUUUAAAAAGUUCAAGCUUAUAUAAUAAAAAUAACCCCCAGUUACAUAUUCCAAGGUGGUCUUGGCAAACAGUUACUUCUAGAAAGCAUGAAAAUAGUGUGUAAUGAUGAUAUUUCGUAUAAUUUGUCAUUAAAUAUACCACGUAGACUGCAGAGUU